AUGCCGGAUCCGCUAGCCAUCGACCAUGUCGAGGGUCAAUUUGGAGACGAACUGUCGUCAGCGCAGAAUUCCAAACGGCGGCAUAAGUUGAAUAGAGCAUGUGUAGCAUGUCGCAACACGAAGACAAAGUGCCUACCAUCCAAAAUAGCCGAUACUUGUGAAGCAUGUCUCAAGAAAUCUCGACCAUGUGUUCCCUGUGGGCCAGUAAAACCACGCAUGAAGUCUUCAGAAAAGUUCUCCGAACUUGAGAAAAAGAUUGAGAGCCUGACAAAGGCCUUAAGUGCAAGGGACCACCAGGAUCAGCCGCAAACCCCACCGGAGUCUGGUCGGUCGAUUAUAUCCUCUGAGGAUCUGAUUCAAGACAAAACAAUCAAUGCCGGCGGCCGAUUCCUUACCCAGUUACCGGAGCGUCUAUCAAAUUCUAUCUCUCCCGCUCUCUCAAGUCAUGUGAUCGAUGCUAAUCGGAGCUAUGUUGACGUGAUCGACCAGGGGUUUAUUGAUUGCCCCACGGCUGAAGUGCUGUUUAACCAUUAUUGCAUCAGCAUGCAUCCGAUUCUACCUAUACUGGAUCUGUCGGGGGAGACUAAUCUGGAACGCGUUCGGGCUACGAAACCGGUGUCGCUGAUGGCUAUCCUUGCGAUCUCAAGCGCUUCUAUCCUUCCCUCUUUUGAACCUCGUCUGCUAAUGGAACUCAAUGAGCAACUUGCCCGACAUGUUUUCAUAUUGGGGACACAAUCACUUGACCUUGUUCAAGCAUUGCUGAUUUAUUCUCAAUACUACAUUCGCCCGUCAAGCGCUAGGAGCUUCACUCAGACACACUUUGUUUCGUCUGCAGUCACGAUGUCGUAUGAUCUAAUGCUCAAUAACACCAGAAGGGAUGCUUCCAGGCGAAGCAGUCGAGCAGAGAAAGAACGGUCUCGUACAUGGCUGGCCUGCUGGUUUGCUGCAUCGAUUAAUUCCAUGGUGCUCCAUCAACCAUGCAUUGUGUCUACAUCAAACGAAAUCGAGAACAGUUUGCUCAAUGCUCUGCAUGAUUCGCCCGAAUCAAGCCACAGCGACCAAUGGCUCUUUACACUUUUUCGCAUGCAGCGACUAGUCGAAGAAGCCGCAACAAUUUAUGGGCCUAUGACUUCGAAGCCUCUCGGAGAGUUGGAGGAGAAUAGCAUCGCCUUAAAGUUAAAGAUGUGCCAACAGCGUUUGGAGAAGUGGAAGGCGGCCGGUACGCCAGCAAUGGAUCCACAACUUGUCAUUCAUCAUGUUGCGAUGCGGAAUAUUGUGAAAAAGGCUUACGCUUUCUACAAUGCGAAUCGGUUUCGUGCAGAUGCAAGUGCGCACAACCCUGCUCUCCCGCCAUGGCAAGUUGAAGCCAUCUUUCGUUGUCUGGUCUCAAGCCAGGCUCUUCUCGACAUAUACUGCGGCUUGGAGGAUUCAUUGGCGCGCUCCCUGCCCAACAUGUUCCUUGUCUGGACCAUUUUCGCGGGUUUCAGCUUGGUUAAACUGAGCUAUCUGGCAGAAGUCGUCUCGUCAGCCGACUCUACCAUAAUGACAGACGUGUUGAGCCAAAAGACCACGCCGGAUUUCCUUGAUGCUAUGGUGAGCAAAAUUGAGGCAAUCUCCCGCAACGGAUACCUGCCCCAGGCUAAAGGAUUUGGCCUUGGCUUCAAGAAACUGAGAUUAUACUAUGUGCAAAAGCAACAUAUGUGCUUGCAUCCUGGCGGGGACUGUGAAGCAAGCAUUGAUGGUGAAGGUGCGCAGAUUAUCAGCCCCAUGGGAGACAGCUCAAGACAGAACAAGGCAAAUCCAUCGAUUGGGGCGGAAGUUGGAUCGGACUGGCCAAGUAUCAGGUUUGGUCAGAUUUCAGAUGAUCAACCAAGUUCGCAUCAAGCGUUGCCGGACUGCUCUACACAAGCAACUGCAGAGAGUUUUCAGGACUUUUCCAACGCUGCAGAAUUUCCGAUCCCCGCUGUAUACGACCCUUCGACAUAUGAUAACAUGAAUUGGGACAACUUCAUGCUCGAUGAUGUGGCCAUGAAGGAAAUGGACGAUUUCAUAAUGCAAGAUGACUCGGGAUGGAUGAGGACGUUUUUCUGA